AUGAAAUUGAAAAUUACAAACAUGGAAUUUCACCGAAAUCAGAUAUACAACCAUAUAAUUCUAUGUAACGGACAAUACACAGCUCAAAAAUCCAAAAAAUCGUUUCUCAGAUCUAUCUUUGAUCACUAUUUGGCGCCUUGAAUUGCAGUUAAAGCAAGAAAACAGAGCUGAAUCAAAUCAUACACACAAAAGCAAUAGCACAGAGAUCCGAAUUCUCCACAAUAUGGAGGCUCCGCAAGGAGGAUCCGACAGGGACAUAUCGAACCACCCGACCUCUUCUCCCAUUCUCGUCGUCUCCAAUUUCUGGAAAGAAUUUGAUUUGGAGAAGGAGAAAAGUGUGUUGGAUGAACAAGGGCUGAGGAUAGCUGAAAAUCAGGAGAAUAGUCAGAAAAACAGGCGGAAGCUUGCAGAAAGCACUAGAGAUUUCAAAAAGGCUUCAGCAGAGGAAAAGUUAAGUUUGUUUAAUUCUUUACUUAAGGGCUACCAAGAAGAAGUUGAUAAUCUUACAAAGAGAGCAAAAUAUGGGGAAAAUGCUUUUCUGAAUAUAUAUCAGAAGCUUUAUGAGGCUCCAGAUCCUUAUCCAACUCUUGCUUCAAUUGCUGAGCAAGAUCUGAAAUUGUCUGAAUUAGAAUCUGAGAACCGGAAGAUGAAAGUUGAGCUUGAGGAGUUCAGGACAGAAGCAACUCACUUAAAGAAUCAGCAAGCAACAAUAAGAAGACUUGAAGAGCGUAAUCGUCAAUUGGAGCAACAGAUGGAGGAAAAGGUGAAGGAAAUAGUGGAGAUGAAGCAACGUAGUUUGGCUGAAGAGAACCAGAAAACUCUGGAACUUUUGAAAGAAAGGGAGCAAUCUUUGCAAGAUCAGUUACGACAUGCUGAAGAAAGUGUUGCCAAUAUGCAGAAAUUGCAUGAACUUGCACAAAGCCAAUUGUUUGAAGUCCGUGCUCAAUCAGAGGAAGAAAGGGCCGCAAAGCAAUCAGAAGUCAAUCUUCUGAUGGAUGAAGUGGAAAGGGCUCAGACGCGGCUUCUUAGCCUUGAGAGAGAGAAGGGUCUUCUCCGUUCUCAGUUACAAUCAGCAAACGAAGAUACAGGAAAUAAGAAAAGUGACAGUGCAGAUUCAAAUAGUGUCCUUGAGAAUUCUUUGAUUUCCAAAGAGAAGGUUAUUUCUGAACUUAACAUGGAACUCCGCAAUAUUGAAGCCACCUUGACGAAUGAGCGGGAACAGCACGUAAAUGAGAUUAAGAAGUUGAACAUGGUACUCAAUGAGAAGGAACUUGCUCUUGAGGAGAUGAGAAAAGAGCUUCAUGCAAGGCCAACUGCAAAGCUAGUUGAGGAUUUGCGUAAAAAAGUGAAAAUUUUGCAGGCAGUGGGCUACAAUUCCAUUGAGGCUGAAGAUUGGGAAGCAGCUACUAGCGGGGAAGAGAUGAGCAAAAUGGAGUAUCUUCUUCUCGAUAAGAACCGAAAAAUGGAACAUGAACUCACACAAUUGAAGGUUAAACUUUCUGAGAAAGUAUCUUUGCUGGAAACCGCUGAGGGAAAGAUUGUAGAGCUUACUGCAAAAGUUAAUGAACAACAAAAGUUGAUACAAAAGUUGGAAGAUGAUAUAUUGAAGGGGUAUAGUUCUAAAGAUCGAAAAGGUGGUCUAUUUGAUGAUUGGGAUCUUUCAGAGGCUGGAGGGGUCGAGUUAUCUGAGAAUGCAGAACAGAAACAUGUAUCAUCAGAUCAAGACCAGAGCUCUAUGCUUAAGGUUAUCUGCAGUCAGCGAGAUCGAUUCAGGACACGUUUACGAGAGACGGAAGAAGAGGUGAGACAAUUGAAGGAGAAGAUAGGGAUAUUAACGGCAGAGCUGGAGAAGACAAAAGCUGAUAAUGUGAAAUUAUAUGGCAAGAUACGCUAUGUUCAGGAUUACAAUCUUGAGAAAGUAGUUUCUAGGGGAUCAAGGAAGCACGCAGAGGAUCUGGAAAGUGGCUUUAGUUCGGAUGUUGAGUCCAAGUACAAGAAGAUAUAUGAAGAUGAUAUAAAUCCAUUUGCAGCAUUCUCUAAGAAGGAACGGGAUCAAAGAUACAAGGAGUUGGGUUUCAGGGACAGAAUCACACUUAGUAGCGGACGUUUCCUUCUGGGCAACAAGUAUGCUCGAACUUUUGCAUUUUUCUACACCAUCGGGUUACAUAUCCUUGUGUUCGCCUGUCUCUAUCGGAUGUCAGCUCUGAGCUAUCUUAGUAACGAAGGGGAACCCUGUAUCGGAGAUAAAAACAAGAACCUACCUCGUGCACUUUAGUUUAUCAUCUGUACUAAUUUUGUCUGGUUUUUGCUCAUAAAAUGGAAAUUAGUGUUGAAUUAUCAAUAGAAAGGUUAUACAAUGUACAUACAACAAAAUGACACAUUUUUCAAUUUACUUGUAUUUGUCUUGCCAAAGUUUGAAGAUGCAAUGAAAAUAGCCACUGGAAUUUAUUUUUUAA